CCAGAGUAGCUGUUCUGUGGAGAGAAUGCAAAAUGUUGCGGCAGCGAAACCUGCAAGGCCCAGAGAAGCUGUUCCUGUGGAGACGAAUGCAAAUGUUGCGGCAGCGAAACCUGCAAGGCCCAGAGAAGCUGUUCCUGUGGAGACGAAUGCAAAUGUUGCGGCAGCGAAACCUGCAAGACCCAGAGUAGCUGUUCCUGUGGAGACGAAUGCAAAUGUUGCAGCAGCGAAACCUGCAAGGCCCAGAGUAGCUGUUCCUGUGGAGACGAAUGCAAAUGUUGCGGCAGCGAAACCUGCAAGGCCCAGAGUAGUUGUUCCUGUGGAGAGGAAUGCAAAUGCUGCAGUAGCGGAACCUGCAAGACCCAGAGUAGUUGUUCCUGUGGAGAUGAAUGCAAAUGCUGUAACAGCGGAACCUGCAAGACACAGAGUAGUUGUUCUUGCGAAGACAAAUGCCAGUGUUGCCAUGCUGAAAACUGUAAAGUUCAAGCUGCUUGUUCAUGCGAAGAUGAGUGUAAAUGCUGUCAAAGUGAAACCUGCAAGACCGGGGCUACCUGCUCGUGCGAAGAUAAAUGCAAAUGCUGCCACAGUGAAACUUGCAAAAGUCAGAGUGCCUGUUCCUGUGGAGAUGAAUGUAAAUGUUGUGAUAGUAAAACCUGCAAAUCUACAGCUGCUUGCUCUUGCGGACAAGAAUGCAAGUGUUGCCACAGUAAGGCUUGUAAAGUUCAGGUUGCCUGUUCAUGUGGAGAUGAAUGUAAAUGCUGUGAUAGCGAAGCUUGUAAGACGAGAAAUGCUUGCUCAUGCGGAGAUGAAUGCAAAUGCUGCCACAGUGAAACCUGUCAGACUGAGAGUGGUUGCUCUUGUGGAAAUGAUUGUAAAUGCUGCGAUAGCGUCACCUGCAAGUCCAAAGCUCCUUGCUCAUGCGGAGACGAAUGCAAGUGCUGCCAUAGCGAGUCGUGUAAGGCUCGGACUGUCUGUUCCUGCGGAGAUGAAUGUAAAUGCUGCCGUAGCGAAUCCUGUAAGGAGUUAGCUACUUGCUCCUGCGGAGAUGAAUGCAAAUGCUGCCACGGCGAUGCAUGUAAGAGUGACAGCUCCUGUUGCUGUGGAGACGAAUGUAAAUGUUGCGAUAGUGAUACUUGCAAGAUCGGAGUUGCCUGCUCAUGUGGAGAUGCAUGC